AGAAGCUUAUAGAUAAGGCAGUUAUUAUAUGGCCGUUUAAUUGUAAACACUAAAGACGCAAAAAUAUUUACUUGAAAUUCAUUUCUAAAUAAUUCAAUUUUACUGAAAGUAUUAUUCAUACUUUACGCAACAUAAGAAGUGCCCAAGACUACUUAUUCCCCUGAAGUCAAGUCCUGAUCAUAUGCCAUAUCAAAGUGGUAUUAUGAGACCACGACUAUUGAAUGAGCAUCUCAUAAAUCAUAGAGAUUAGAAAAGUCAACAACGGCAUCGAUAAGCGCAUAUUAAUUUGACAAGUUUGUGAUGAAUGCAAAAAUAAUUCUCAUCCCAAUUUUUUUAAUUGGAUCAUGUGUGGCUCAGGUUGACGAAGCCCUCAUAAGAGACAUUUUUGAUAUGAAUGAAUAUGAAACAGUUACAGGAUCGAGUUUUGCAACUUUAGAGAAUCCUGCUCAGAUUACCGAAGACCCCAUAAAAUAUGAUUUUGACACACAUGAAACUGAAACAGUUACAGAAUCGAAUUUUACAACUACAAUGAAUCCUGAUCAGAUUGUCGAAGACGUCAUAAGAGAUGUUUUUGGCAUAGAUGAAACUGAAACAGUUACAAAAACGAUUUUUACAACUACAGAGAAUCCUGCUACGACAGUUGUACCACAAAAAUCCGUAACCGUUGAACAAACUGAGAGCUCAUAUCAACCAUGUGGUACACAUCCUGGUAUGGCAUGUGUUCGUCAGGAUCUUUGCAACAAUGGAUAUAUAGGUUUUAACCUUCGCUUCAACUUUCCCAAACGUGAUUCGAUUCAUUCAUGUAAUAAUCCCUUGGAAACAUGCUGUGAUAAUAAUGAUAUGUCAGAUUUGUUAAAAUUGAAAAAUGGAUGUGGUUACAGAAAUCAAAAUGGAGUUGAAUUACAAAACAAAGAACUUGCUGAUAAUGAAGCUAAAUUUGGUGAAUUUCCAUGGAUGGUAGCAAUUUUGAAUAAAAUAAUUCUUAGCGGCAAAGUUUUAAGCCUUUAUAAUUGUGGAGGUACUUUGAUAGCUCUAAAUGUCGUUUUAACUGCAGCUCACUGUGUCAAUGUGAAACAAACCAAGAAUUAUUCGGUUAGAGCUGGUGAAUGGGAACCUAAUUCAGAUUCCGAACCAUAUUCACAUCAGGAAAGACAAGUCGCAGGAAUAAUUGUGCAUGAAAAAUAUAAUAAUCGCAGUUUACAAAACGAUAUCGCUCUACUUUUCCUCGAGACAUCAUUCGAUAAGGCUCCUCACAUCAAUACAAUUUGUUUGCCACCAGCCUCAGCCUACACAAAUAUUGGCAUGUCACGUUGUAUUGCCUCUGGCUGGGGCAAGACAAACUUCGGAACCGGAAAAUAUCCAAAUAUUUUGAAAAAAAUUGAUUUGCCAGUAGUUCCAAAUGCUAAAUGUGAAAAAGACUUAAGGAAAACUCCUUUAGGACGAUCCUUUAAAUUACAUUACAGUUUUAUGUGUGCUGGUGGAGAAACUGGAAAAGAUACUUGCCAAGGAGACGGUGGUUCACCAUUGGUUUGUCCAAUGGCCAACAAUCCCGAUCGUUACUACCAAGCUGGAAUUGUUUCUUGGGGUAUUGAAUGUGGUAACGAAAAUGUGCCUGGCGUUUAUGCAAGUAUUCUAAAACUACGUUCUUGGAUUGAUACACAAUUGGGUUAUAAAAAUUUAUCAUUGCAAAUUAUUUAACGCUAUAAAUGACACACUUUGUAAAAAUAAAUACAAUUUUAUUUUAAAAUUUUAAAAUAAAUAAAUGCAAAAUUA